AGAAAGAAAAUCCCACCAUUGUGACGGUUUGAUAGAAUCGGGGAAUCAAGGGGGGUGGUUAAUAUGCUUCCACCAGUGUCCCAAAAUCAUCCCCAUCGCUACAUAAACUUUCUCCUACUACCAUUAUAGCGAAUUCUAUCAAUAUAGGGAAUACAAGUAAAACAGGUCUGGAAAGAAGACUACAUUCAUAACCACUUUUAUGUCAGUCCCUUAUACCAUGAAUUACCAUGACGGUUGCUGCCACCACCUAGUCUUAAUCUGGAGCGCUAGGAUCUCCAAAACAACACGGUUUGUGUGUUUACAUUUACUCUGUAAUCUGAUACACUCUCACUUACAUACACAGAUUCCUAAGAAACGGACCAUGCGUCCUUCUACUAGUAUACGCUUAAAGUCAUUGUGACGUAUGGCAAUUGCUUCCUUUUGGGACGCACUGUCUCGUCCUUUCCCAAUCUGUCUCUCGUCACGUGCAAGACGCACUGUCUCACUCUGGGAAAAUCCGGUAUUGAUUUGGCCAUUUCCACUCAAAGUUAGCUUCUAGAGUCUCAAACCACUUCACAAUAUCUUCCAUCCUUUUAUAGAGGAUACAAUUAGAAGAGCUGUCUAAGGUCAUGCAGCAGCUAGGUCUGGUAGAGCACGAUAUCAGAUUCACAUCCACUGUCUCUACAUCGGCAUCAUCCAUGGAGGCUCUCACCAAGAAACUCAAAAGGAGAUUCCCUCAAGAAUCUGUUCAGCUCAUGCCAGAUGCCUCCAUCAUGAUGGGGGCUAUACUUCUCAAGAUGUCUGCAGAAUCCGAUGACAAUCUAGAUCUUCUCGUCUCAUGGCCCUACCAGGAAGAGGAACUUGGCAGCUCUCUUCUGAGCAUGCUACAAUCGCCGAAGACCUCCCAGGCCGAAUGAUGACAUCUGAAAAGAUCACCAAAUGGAAUGAAGGAUGGACAAACGGAAGAAAUAUUGGACAGAGGAAAGAUCAGGCCUGAUAAUUACCCAAUUUAAAUCGGUUUCCAGAUUUUGUUCCCAAUUUUUUUUUCCUGAUUUUUUUUUUUUCUUCUCGAUUUCCCCCCUAUUUUCCUGAUUUUUCCCUUAUUUCCCCCAGUUUUCCUAAAUGUUUUAGUGCUUGACUGGAGGGUGGGAGGAGGGGCAAUUUUACCCCACUCCCC